UUCCGGCGGAAUCCGGAAAGAUCUACGGAGAAGAGGCGGGACCAAAACUGCUCGGCCAAUCUGGGCAGGACGCCUUCAUCGAGCCGGGCUCUCGUGCAGUAACUUGCGUUGGAGCACUAGCACCAUGGCGUCUGGUUGCAAGAUUGGCCCGUCCAUCCUCAACAGUGACCUGGCCAGUUUAGGGGCCGAGUGCCUCCGGAUGCUGGACUCUGGGGCCGAUUAUCUGCACCUGGAUGUAAUGGACGGGCAUUUUGUUCCCAACAUCACCUUUGGUCACCCUGUGGUAGAAAGCCUCCGAAAGCAGCUAGGCCAGGACCCUUUCUUUGACAUGCACAUGAUGGUGUCCAGGCCAGAACAGUGGGUAAAGCCAAUGGCUGUAGCAGGAGCCAAUCAGUAUACCUUUCAUCUUGAGGCUACUGACAACCCAGGAGCUUUGAUCAAAGACAUUCGGGAGAAUGGAAUGAAGGUUGGCCUUGCUAUCAAACCAGGAACCUCAGUUGAGUAUUUGGCACCAUGGGCUAAUCAAAUAGAUAUGGCCUUGGUUAUGACAGUGGAACCUGGGUUUGGAGGGCAGAAAUUCAUGGAAGAUAUGAUGCCAAAGGUUCAUUGGUUGAGGACCCAGUUCCCAUCUUUGGACAUUGAGGUGGAUGGUGGAGUAGGUCCUGACACUAUCCAUAAAUGCGGAGAAGACUUCAUCAGAGAGAUUUUCUAUCUGGAGUUAAAAAUGAAAAGUUUUGCUUUGGUCAGAAACAUUCUGAAAUGAGAACAGGUGUCACAGUUCCUCGUAAAGAGAACAAUGGGAAGAAAACAACAAUAAAUGCAGUCUAAGUCAUGAGAACACAUGUUAUGAGAGGAGAUUCAGAUUCCUAAAAAGAGGGAGUUUGAAACUUUUUCACCACUGGGUCAUGUUUGAAGACUUACCUAGAGUACUUAAUAGGUACCUUGAAUACACAUAGGUUCACAGUGCUUUUUUUAUAUUUACAUAAAAUAUCCUUCAUGCUUUAUUCAUUCAAACCUUUGUAUUGAUUGCUUCUUAUGGAGUAUACUGUUGAUGGAACAUAGUAAUAUCAAAGAAAUUAAAACUGAGAUUUGGGAAUUAGUUUAAUUUCUAAAGCCUUGGUUGUGGUGUUUCUGGCUAGGAUCAUUCUGAACUAGGGUGCAUUUAAAGAGGGAAAGGCAUUAAACAGAUUUUGGUAGCUGAAAAGUGAUAUCAGUUGGCAUAGAAUGUAAUAGAAACAAUGUCUUUUACAUAACACUGCCUCUUCAGACUGUCACUUUGGAAUUAAUUUGGCUAUAUAGUAUUUUUCUCUAUAAUUUUUCUUGUCUUAAUGUAAGUUUUAUCCUUACAGGUCCAUAGUCCCUUUCCUGUGGUUCCAAAAAUCUGGAAAAAAAACAAGUUUUCAUAAUUCAUUUGGUGACACAGCCUGAUCUGAAAAUGAUGUGAGGUUACUGUACUUCCUAUGAGUAUUUCACUAUAGAACUCAGUAUUGAUUGACAACUGCCCUAGACUCCCAUACAAGACUAAAUCUCAUGCAGAAAAAUAUGACUAAGAGUGGAAGUGAAUACAGAUACUCAUAUAAGUUCAGUAUUUCAACAACUCAUGUAUGGAAAUGGUAUGUUUUAUUUUUGCUUAUUUUUUAUGCAUGUUGUCUUUGUAGGCAAAUUUGUACAAAACACUUUCCUAAUCAAAUUAAUACCUUUAGUGAGGAACUUUUCAUAAGUUUUGAAAAUAAAAAAUCAAAGAGGGCUUAGAGUUCCAUUUAGUUCCUCAAAUAUCAAAUUAAGCACAUGGAAAAGAAAUUAAGCAGUCUUCAUAGUAAGUGCAAUUAUCCCAUGAGUGAAAGGCAACUUACCUCUUCUUCACCUAAAUCAUAUUCAUCCAAAGGCUGAAGAACAACCAUCCUCCAGCUGUUGAAGAUAGAACCAAUUUCAAAUAGCUUUUCUUAAUCUAUCUAAAUGUAGCAAUUUUAUUCUAUAAGCACAACCAAUAUAGUAGUGUUUUCUUUCUUUGGGAUUUCCAUAAUUCAACUGGUUGUAGUAUUUUAGUACUUCAUUUUUUAAAAGAGACAAAAUAUUUGUACCAUGAGAAGGGGACAAGGAGAAGAUGAGGCUUUGCUUUGGGCCUUAAAAUAAACAGUCUCUUCUACAUAGUUCCAUUUUAUACCUAAGAAUGUACUAAUUUUGAAAUGAGUUAGUGGUAUGCUGAUAAACUGGCUCAGAAAAUAAAAAGGAAAAAAGCUGUGAUUUGUAGCAUUUGCCAGUUUGUUUGUGUGAAGACUCCCAUCAUGGCCUUACAUCACAGGACUUGUAUAUUAAAAACCAGGUCAACCAGCGAGCUCCAGCCUACCACUGUAAACUGGAAAGACACUGUUGCUAUAGAACGUUGUAACCACCAAGUGUUGUUUUUACUUAAUAUACAAUGUAUCAACAGAUUCUCUGUAGGAAUUCUUCUAGUACUUCCUAGAGUAUUAGGAGUUCUCUCACUGCCUCAAAGCAAUUAUGAAUAAAAGGAUCAAUUUAGCUAGAAUAGAGACGGGUAGGAAUAACUGCAUUUGUCAUCAGCUAUCUUGUUUCCAUCCUUUUCUAUAUGUACUUCUUGGUGGCAGAUUUAUAAUCUUGAAAGUGCUUUCAUUAUUGCUAAAAAAUUUGACUAAGUUGGCUGCCAGGAGACAGAUCUGUGUGUGUAUGGCAUUCAAGGACAUCCACAACCUGGUUCCAAUUUAUUUUUGAGCCUUCAUUUCAUUUAUCACCCUAAACAAAACCUUAGUCUCCUGCUUAGCCUUGCAUAAUUGUUCCUGUGCCUGAGUUAUGGUCUUCCUGUGUGAACACACACUUUCUCCUUCUGCCCCACCCCCUUUUCCUAAUACACUCCCAGGUCUUCCCACUCUUCUUGAUACUUGACGUGUGUAUUGCGGACCUGAAGAUACAUUAGAAUCUUUUGUUGUCACAGGAGUUGUCCCCUUACAGUGUGAAUACCCUUUGCAAAGGUAGUUGCUUUCUUUGAACUCUGUGCAAAUCUCCAUUUUAAAGAGCAAAGAUUGUUAUUGGAAUUAUUUACAUCCCUAAAGUACCUUUUAGUGCCAUGUACACAAUAGAAGACUAAAUGUUGAAUGAAAAAAUACUCAAAAGUACUAAAGUAAGUAAAUCUUAAGAAUUUCCCUUUCUUAUUAAAACCUGAGAAAUAAA